AUGUCCGACGUCGACAGUUUCGAGGUUGUCCAGCACGCGGAUGCUCCUGCGGCCGCGCCUCCCGCGCAGGAGCCCGCAGCUGCGCCAACGCCUGCCUCGCCGGAUGGUGCUGCGGAGAAGAAGGAGACGACAGCCACUGCUGCCCCGAAGCGCACAGCGGCCCCUGGCACCGCAGCCGCUCGUCGGCCAGGCACGACUGGUACAGGCUCGACCAAGUCGACUACUAGCUCCUCUACCACCAGUUCAACAACACGGACGAGCACUGCCGGAGGUUUAAGCAAGCCCCCGACUCGGCCUAGCGUUGCAACGACCGGCGCAAAGCGGCCUUCCACUGCUGCAUCGACCAUCUCCCAUCGCUCUCAGCCCUCUCAGUCCGAGGACGAGAAGAAGAAGCGGACCUCAAUCUCCGGCACAACUGGGGCAGCCCGCCGGACAUCGACCGCGGUCAGCGGCGCUGCCAACUCGCCGAGCAAGCCACGAACCAGCAGCACGACCGCUUCCACUACUGCUGCGGCGAGACGGCCCCCGACGGCCACCGCUACUGCGCCGUCGAGGACCUCAGCGACCACCACGAAGUCGUCGAGCGCUACCGCGUCGUCUCCCACGACAACGGCUCGUACCGCUACCAAACCCGCUGGUGCUGAGACGAAGAAGCGGCUCUCCUCAGUGUCGAGCACCACCAUCGGCGGUGCGGCUCGUCAUGCGCCCCGCGCCUCCCUCGCAUCCAAUGCAUCGUCCGGGAUCACGGUGGCCGCGGCCGAGUCCGCCAAGGAGGUCGAGGAUCUCAAGGCCAGGCUCGCAUCGAGCGAGUCUGAGAUUGCAGAGCUGAAGGCGCAAAUCAUUACCUCUCAGGAGAAGAUCUCGGAGCUCACUGAGAAGACCAGUGCCGCCGAGGGCGAUCAGCAAGUCUCCGAAGGCGCCAUCACCAAGGAAGUCCUCGAGAGCUUAAAGGGGGAGCACGCUGCUGAACUUGAGGCCCUGAAUAAGCAGGUUGCGGAAAAACAGGAGAUGCUGGCCGCUGCUGAGGACGAGCUCGACAAGGUGAAGAGUGAGCUUACCGAUGCUACUAGCGCAAAGGAAGCUGUGGAAGCCGAGCUCGCCGGGCUUAAGAUAUCGUUGGAGAGCCUUCAGGCCGAACAUGACGCUAAGCUAAACGAGGCCGAGGCGAGCGUGGCUAAAGCAGCAGAGGAGCAUGCUGCCAAGCUCGAAGCCCUCCAGAACAGCCUGGUUGAGGAGCACCAGGCAGCCGUCAACGCUUUGAAGGCGAAGCAUGCUGAGGAGCUGCAGGGCGGAAGCAGCGCCCUCGUUGCCAACCACGAGAAGGCCAUGCAGGAGCUCAAUGCCAGUCACGAAAACGCCAUCGCCGAACUGCAGAAGAAGAUCGACGAGUUGACCUCGGCCCAGGCUGCCCUCGAGGCUGCCCACGAGGCGAAGCUUGCUGCUGCGACUGCGGGUGGCUCGGCACAGCUUAGUGCACUGGAGGCCGAAAUCGCCGAGCUCAAGGCCAAGCUUGAUGCUGCAGAGAAGAGGGCUGAGGCUGCCAAGUCCGAGUUUGAGGCGAAGACUGCUUCCUUGAUUGCCCUUGAGGCUAGGGUUGCUGAGGUCGAGGCCGAGCUCUCUGCGGCGAAGGAGGAGGCUGCCAAGGCCACCAGCACACACGCCGAUCUUCAGAAGCUCAUCGACAGUCUCACCGAGGAGAACAAGUUAAAGGAAGACACCAUCGCGAAGUUGAAGGAGGAGAACGCAGCGGCGGCCGAUCACCACCAGAAGCAGCUCCAGCAGGUCAGCCAGGACUACGAGAACGAAAUUGAGAGUCUGCGGGGCGACGCCUUCUUCAAGCGGAGAUUUGAGGAGUUGGAGGUCAAGCAUAAUGAGCUCACCCAAGCUCAUGAGGAGGCCGUUGCGAGCCAUGCCAAGGCCUUGGAAGCCGCGAAGGCCGAAUAUGAGGCUGCUGUCAAGGCCCUGGAGGCAAAGGAGGCAGAGCACCAGCAGGCUCUGGAUGCUUUGAGGGCGAGCCAUGCCGAGGAACUGGAAGGGGCCAAGAGCGUGGCGAGGCAGGCACACGAAGCUAGCGCUGAGGAGAUACAAUCUCUGAAGGAGAGCCAUGCCAGUCAGAUUGACAUCCUGAAGAGCGAGAGCGAGGCCAACCUGGCCAAGCAGCUGGAAGCGCUGAAGGCGGCCCACGAUGAGGUUCUUGAGACUCUGAAGAAGGAUGCCGAGUCGGAGAAGGAGCAGCUCCUCGCGAAGCAUGCUGAUGAACUCGCUGCUGCCAAAGCGGCCGGCGAUGACAGCCAUGGCGCGCUUCUGGAACAGAUCAAACAGGAACUGGAGGCAAAACAUGCGGAUAAGCUGGCGAAGCUGACAGCACAGCUCGAGGCGGCCAGCAGUUUGAAGGCGGAACUCGAGGCCAAACACGCAGAGGAAGUCGCGAAGCUCACGGCAGAUCUCGGAUCAGCCAGCGGUCUCACGCAAGAGCUGGGAGCCAAGCACGCGGAGGAGAUCGAGAGGCUGACGUCGCAACUCGAGGCGGCCAUCACCCUCCAAGGCGAGCUCCAGGCGAAGCACGCAGCGGAAAUAUCAAGCCUAACGGCCCAGCUCGAGGCGGGCAAGACGCUCCAGCAGGAAGUCGAGGCCGCUCAGGCCAAGCUCGCCGAGGCGGAGGCCAACCAUACUUCCGCCGUCGAGGCUCUGAAGCAGAGCCUCGAGAACACCCACACGGCCGAGGUUGAGAAGCUGAUCUCGAUGCACGCCGAGGCUCAAGAGGCUCUGAAGACGGAGGGCGCGACGAACAUGAAGGCUCAGCUUGACGCGCUGCGGGCAGAACACGCCAGCCUAGUGGAGGAGCUGACCGCCAAGUACGAGUCGAACGCUAAGGCCGCGUCGGAGGAGCUGGCCAAGGCGCAAGCCGCCAUGAGCGAGGCGAAUGCGGCGCUCGAAGCUCUUAAGGUCGAGCAUGCUACGGCACAGGAUGAGCUUGACACUGUCCGGCAGCAGCUCGCGCAGGAGAAGAUGGAGAAGUUCACAGCCCAGGCCGAGCUGGAUGCGGCCAGAAACGCCAAGCGCGACACAUCCGAGGUGGACGCUCUCAAGGAGCAACUUGCCGCCCUCACUGCGGCCCACGACAAGGAGGUUGCUGAACUAAAGGCCAGGCACGAGAAGGAACUCUCUAGCGCUGACGCGGUCACGAGCAAGGCUGCUACGGAACUGGAGACCACCAAGGCCGAGUUGGCGAUGGCGCAGAAGGAGCUCGAGGCCCACAGGCUCGAGGCCGAGGCCAAGCAGAAGACGGCCGAGGCUGACUACAAGGACAUGCACGACAGUAUGACGCAGCUGGUGGAAGAGGCGCAGAGCAAGGCGGCUGAGACGCAGAGCAAACUUGCCGAGACGGAACAGCGGUUCAACGAGGCCGACCAGAAGAUCGCGGAGCUCACGGCGCAGCUGAAGGUCAAGGAUGCUGAGCUUGCUGAGGCUAGGACCAGCGCUGGGGCGCCCAAGGGCCUGGCAGCCAGCCGGUUCGCCAACGCCGAAGACAAUGAGAGUGCCACUGCCGACCAGACAACGGAAGGUGAGGCAGAGCCAGACCAUUCCUCGGCAGCAUUAGCUUCGGUGCGGACAACCCUAGCUUACCACGCAGCAUAUUUAUAA